AUGACUGAUGAGGGCCAUGCCGUUAUCACGGGUAGGGAUGGCACUUUGCAGCGAUGUGAAGACGAACCGAUCCAUACCCCAGGCGCCGUCCAGUCCUUUGGGCUCCUCGUUGCCUUAAGAGAGGAGACCGAAAGUCGAUUCUCCGUUCGAUAUGUGAGCGAGAACUCCAAGAAGAUCAUUGGGUUCUCUCCUCAAGAGCUUUUUCGGCUUGAAAGCUUCACCGAGAUACUUAGUCAAGAGCAGACAGAUAAUCUUCUUGACCACAUCGAUUUUAUACGGGACGACGAGGCGGAUCCCGCAGUCAACGGGCCCGACGUGUUUAGCAUAUCCAUAUGGCCUCCUCAUAAGAGGUCUAUUAAGCUCUGGUGUGCGCUUCACAUAAAUGAUAAUCACCCCGACCUGGUCAUUUGCGAAUUUGAGCUUGAAGAUGACCAAGACCAUCCUCUCCGGCCACCGGGCGAGCUGACUCCAGAGGAGCCCGAGGACACGCUCUACCAACACCCAACAAUAGAAGAACUCCAAGAGAGCACAGGAGUCAGCAGCAAGCCCUUGAGGGUACUGAGGAACGCGCGCAAAAGACGUGGCGAGGCCAGUGCUAUGCAAGUUUUUGAUAUAAUGUCCCAAGUUCAAGAGCAGCUAUCGUCUGCACCGAACUUGGAGAAGUUUCUUAAGAUCCUGGUAGGGAUCAUCAAGGAGUUGACUGGCUUCCACAGAGUCAUGAUAUACCAAUUUGAUGCCGCGUUUAACGGGAAAGUCGUGACUGAACUCGUUGAUCCUGCCCAGACUCGCGACUUAUACUACGGCCUACACUUCCCUGCUUCCGACAUCCCGAAACAAGCGCGCGAUCUCUAUAAACUCAACAAGGUCCGGAUGCUCUACGACCGGGAUCUAAACUCAGCUAGACUCGUUUGCCGGUCCUUGGAUGAUUUGGAGCAGCCGCUUGACCUUAGCUAUUCCUACCUUCGCGCCAUGUCUCCUAUCCAUCUCAAAUACCUCGCUAACAUGGCCGUCCGGUCCUCCAUGUCCAUUUCGAUUAAUGCAUUCGAUGAGCUAUGGGGUCUCAUCGCGUGCCAUAGCUACGGCCCCAACGGGAUGCGAGUUCCGUUCCCGAUUCGAAAGCUAUGCCGACUAAUAGGGGAUACGGCAUCGCGUAAUAUUGAACGUCUCUCGUAUGCGGCACGUCUGCAGGCCAGGAAGCUCAUUAACACGGCGCCAACUGAUAAAAAUCCUUCCGGAUACAUCACUGCUUCCUCCGAAGACCUGCUCAAGUUAUUCAAUGCAGACUUCGGUAUGUUAUCUAUCCGGGGAGAGACCAAGAUUCUAGGAAAGGUUGAGCAGUCACAGGAAGCGCUCGCCAUGCUCGAGUACCUACGCUUGAGGAAUUUUACUUCUGUUUUGACUAUUCACGAUAUUCGCGAAGAUUUUCGCGACCUCGAUUACCCUCCUGGGUUUUCUACUAUCGCCGGCCUACUAUAUGUUCCACUGAGCGUAGGUGGGCACGAUUUCAUCGCCUUCUGUCGCAAGAGUCAAGUCAGAGAGGUAAAAUGGGCAGGAAACCCGUACGAAAAGGUCAUCAAAGAGGGAACCACGAAUUUCUUGGAACCGCGGUCGAGCUUCCAAGCAUGGCACGAGGUUAUUGUCGGAAAAUGCAGGGAAUGGUCUGAAGAAGAAGUAGAAACUGCUGCAGUGCUAUGCUUAGUAUAUGGCAAGUUCAUCGAGGUCUGGAGGCAAAAAGAGGCGGCAUUGCAGAGUAGCCGACUCACUCGACUUCUGUUAGCCAAUUCCGCACAUGAAGUACGCACACCAUUAAACGCCAUUAUCAACUACUUGGAAAUCGCCUUGGAAGGUUCGCUCGACGAUGAGACCCGAGAAAAUCUAGCAAGAUCUCACUCGGCAUCGAAAUCGCUCAUAUACGUCAUCAACGACCUCCUAGAUCUAACCAACACAGAAGAGGGUCAGGAGUUGAUCAAAGACGAGAUAUUUAACCUGUCAGCUUGUAUACGGGAAGCCACCGAACCUUUCAAGGUAGACGCCAAGCGAAAAGAAAUAUCCUACAAGAUUACCGAGCAUCCUGGCCUUCCCGAAUACGUCCACGGCGACUAUCGUCGCGUACGCCAGGCGGUUUCCAAUAUAACAGCAAAUGCAAUGCAGCAUACAACCGAGGGGUUGGUCGAGGUCGAGUAUUACGUGUCGGAGAUUUUCGAGACUCGCAUCAGAGUCGAAAUCGCGGUCCAGGACACAGGCUGCGGUAUGAGCAGGGAGAAGCUCGACAAUCUGUUCAGGGACCUUGAGCAGGUUACUGCAGAUGCGGACGAACCUACGGCUAUUACGGAGGCUGAAAAGCCAGACGGAGGCCGUGCUCUAGGUCUAGGUCUUGCAGUAGUCGCUAGAAUAGUUCGAAAUAUGGACGGCCAGUUACGACUAAAGUCAGAGGAGGGGAGCGGAUCAAGAUUCGUCAUCCAAAUUCCCUUCGAGUUGCCAACGGUCGAGUCUCUCGAGAAGAUGAGUGGCAGAGACGUUUCCGUCGACUCCCUGCCAACCCACAGCAUUCCGUCCGUCACCAAGGCCUUGCCACGGACAGACGUCGGCGAGCUUAUGCUCAUAAAUAGAGGAACGUCUACACCAGUCUCUGCACAGAACCGCGCCGACAUGGAAAGACGAAGCAUCGACGAGGCGAGAAGUAUCAGUUCCCUGAGGAGCGGCACUAGUCUCGGCGCUCAGAGCAACAAGAGCGAUGCGGACCGCCUGAUUGACGCGAUCCAGACGCCCUUGUCCCUAGGGGAGCCUGAGGAGAAGACCGCUGGUAAGGGUGUACAGCGAUCUAGUGCUAAAGAACAGAGUAUGAGUUCUAACACCAGAGGCGCCUCUAUCCAAGGCCUCAACAUAAUCCAGGCGCACAAUGUCAAUACGAGAAGUAUAGAACGGCACACUACUCCACCACACUUGACAACAAACCUAAUCGAAGCUCCACCAAACUCAUCUAGCAGGGCAUACAGCGUCACGGAUACGAAAACACCUAUCAAACCCGUCAAGAUGUCAGAUGAGUGUUCUGAUAAACCCGCGGUAUCCCCAAAAGAACUGCAGUCUGAAGUGUUGUUCGAAGUCCCCAGCCAAUCUAAACGUGACAUCGGCCAUAUCAACCAAGACACGCCUCCCUCCCCAGAGAACCCAGGUAAAUUACGGGUACUCGUUGCUGAAGACGACCCAAUUAACAUGAUGAUAAUCAAGAAACGCCUUGAGAAGGUCGGGCACGACGUGUACCAUGCGGUUAAUGGUGAAGAUUGCGCCACUGUUUACGAAGAACGACCCAGCGCAUUUGAUGUUGUUCUCAUGGACAUGCAGAUGCCCAUCGUAGACGGUCUCACCAGCACCGAGAUGAUAAGAGCGUUCGAGACAUCAGGGAAAUAUCCGCGAGUGUCCACGCCGGCCGGGGAGCGCGCGAGAAUUCCGAUCUUUGCCGUGUCCGCGUCUCUUUUGGAACGGGAGAGGUCAAUAUAUGUCAAGGCCGGCUUUGAUGGGUGGAUUUUAAAGCCAAUCGAUUUCAAACGACUCGAUUACCUCUUUAAGGGGAUCGCCAGCGAAAAGGCCCGAGGCGAGUGCCUCUACGUGCCUGGCAAUUGGGAACGCGGUGGAUGGUUUUCGCUCCACCCCGAAAUGGGGGGGAGCGCGUCUCGCAAAAUAAUGACACCCCCAAGUCGCGUCAAUACAUGA